AUGCGCAAGAUGCAAGCUAUGGGUAGAGACUUCUUGUUGGAGAAGGGUGUCACAACCCCUGAUGCAGAUGUUGGACAAAUCCUUAAUGUCUCCAAGCGGAGCCCAUUCUACCAGCUGAAGACUCUCUUCCUCUUCACCAAAAGCGACUUCAAGACCGUCAUUGUCCCACAGAGCAUAUUCGCCGCUACGGCAGCAUUGUCAAAAACACAGCUGACAACGGCAGGCCCAGAGGGGCCCGAUGCCACCAAGGGUUGGGGUGUAGUCUCCCGCGUGCCUCUGAUGCUUGCGUGGCUAUGGCUCAAUCUCUUGGUCGAAGACAUUGCCAACCAACGGCUAGAAGGGGCAAUCAUAGAAGACGCAGUCAACAAGCCAUGGAGACCGCUACCUUCACGCCGACUUACACCGGAGCAAGCUCGAGACUGGCUCAUCGUCUCCAUCAUGGCUGCCGUUGGGCUGAGUGCUCUCUUUGGCGGCUACAGCGCGAGCAUCACCUUGAUGGUCUUGAUCUGGAUGUACAACGACCUGGAAGGCAGCAGCAGCGGCAUAUGGAUCCGAAACGCCCUCAACGCGGGUGGCCUCAUGUGCUUCAGCUGGGGUGCCCUCGCCACGCUCUCCGGCGGCGAGCUGCUGCCACGAGGCUUCGCUUGGAUUCUGGUGACGGGGGCCGUCAUCAUGACAACGGUCCACGCCCAAGACCUGCCGGACAUUGAGGGCGACAUGGCCCGCGGGCGGCUCACGAUGCCCCUGACGUACGGCGAGACCGCGGCGCGAGCCUCGCUGGCAGCCAUGGUCAUGUUCUGGUCUGUAACGUGCCCGUUGUUCUGGGAUGCGUCUCUGUGGGGAUGGGCGGCAUCGACAGGCAUUGGCAGCACCAUGUCGGUGCUCGCGUUGCAGAAGCGAGGCCAGCGAUGGGACGAAGUGGUGUGGAAACUGUGGUGUCUGUGGAUAACGGUGCUGUAUAUGCUGCCAGCAAUGGAGAAGUAA